UAUGUCGAAAUGGUGGCACGUGUUCCCCGGGAACUAACGGCGACAGCUGUACAUGCUUAGCGGGAUUCAGUGGUCCUACUUGUGACGUCCGCUCAAAAUGUCACCCCAACCCCUGCACCAAUGGUGGAACGUGUUUCGAAAAUGACAUGGAGUUCACCUGCACGUGCCCAAGUGGUUUCAGAGGAAAGACAUGUGAAGCACGAGAUAAAUGCCAUCCAAACCCUUGCCACCAUGAUGGAAUAUGUGAAACUGAAGGACUAGAUUAUGUGUGUACGUGCUCCUCUGGUUGGACCGGUGAUACCUGCGAAGACAAGGAUCGUUGCCGCCCUAACCCAUGUGACCAUGGCGGAAUUUGUAUCUCAAGAAUCAAUAAUUACAUCUGUCAUUGUCCUGCUGAUUGGAUGGGAAAAACCUGUGAAAUUUCAGCAUUCAACAACAUUGCCAGCGCGUCGGGAGGAUCUUGUGCUACAACACGAUGGGGUUGCUGCCCUGACGGAAAAACACCAGCCCAGGGACCAGGGCAAUCAGGCUGUCCAGAGCGUUUCCGAAAAAGGUAA